CAUAGUUUAGAUAACCCUUGAUCUUUCAUUGACAUCAAUUUUAUUAAAAUCACAUCUUAGUUGUUAUAAUACUUUGACACAAUUAACACAAAAUGAGGGAACUCCUUUACCUUUCAUUUUUCUCCGUAGUUUUUGCCAACCCCGUAGUUAUCAAUAGUGACAAUCCUAACACUGUAGUAAAGUUAACAACAACCAAUGUAACUUCAAAAAUCGAUGUGAAAAUAUUAAACAAACCUCAUCAUCUUUUUAUAGGACGGUGCAAUCCUAAUGACGAAAUACUACAUAAAGAAAAUCUUAUUCUUUUUAACGAUGGAAAGAGCCAUGUAUCCGCCAAUAUUAGGAUGAAUAUAGAUGCUCCCGUAUACAUAACCUGCGUUAAUAUUUACGAUGAAACGCCUGAUGGGAAAGGUGGAUACCCAAGUUUUGUAGCGGGUGGAGUAGGGCAUAAUUUUAUAGAAUUUAAUGUGUUUACCGAGUAUGGUAAGGGAUUUCAGUUCUUUGUCAAAAUUCAGGGAUACUACACGAAGCAGGACGACGGGAAAUAAUUCAUUAUUUGUUAUAAGAAACAAUGUUAGGAUUAACAUUUUAUUCUUGAUAUGUAUUAUAAUUUAAACUUAAACAAAAUAUAUUUAUACUUAGGAGAGUA